AUGCAGAGACUGUAUCAGAAAACAAAGCUUGUUGUGUGUACCAAAUACCAUUUCUCACUUUCCUUUAAUCCAAACACUCCUUUUAGCCUCCUUUCAUGGAAAACUUACUUGAGGGUACCUGGAACUAUACAAACCCAAUUUUCCUCCACACCUUCCGCUCAUUCCAGGAUCCAAUAUGGUUUGAAUCAUAAACUCAACAGUCAAUCGUAUGAUGGUGCAAGUGGGUUUGGGAUGGUUGGCCUUCAAAGUCAAUCCAAUGGUGCAGAGGACGAGAGUUGUUGCAAUGAUGAAUUUGCAUCUGAUGUUGAAAAGAUUUAUAGAAUCUUAAGAAAAUUCCACUCUAGGGUCCCGAAGUUGGAGCUGGCCUUGCAAGAAUCUGGCAUUGCUGUGCGUUCAGGCUUGGCUGAACGUGUCUUAAAUCGAUGUGGCGAUGCAGGGAACUUGGGGUACAGGUUCUUUGUCUGGGUAUCGAAGCAGCCAGGCUACAGACCCAGUUAUGAAGUUUACAAAGCCAUGAUCAAGGCAUUGGGGAAGAUGCGCCAAUUUGGUGCUGUUUGGGCACUACUUGAGGAGAUGAGGAAGGAGAACCCUCAACUGAUAACGUCUGAAGUGUUUGUCGUUCUUAUGAGAAGGUUUGCUUCGGCUAGAAUGGUGAAAAAAGCAAUUGAAGUGUUGGAUGAAAUGCCCAAGUAUGGCUGUGAACCUGAUGAGUAUGUCUUUGGUUGUCUGUUAGAUGCUUUGUGCAAGAAUGAUUGUGUUAAGGAAGCAGCUUCUUUAUUUGAAGAUAUGAGGAUUCGGUUUAAGCCUAGUUUAAAACAUUUUACUUCAUUGUUGUACGGUUGGUGUAGAGAAGGGAAACUUAUGGAGGCAAAAGUUGUGCUGAUUCAGAUGAGGGAAGCAGGUUUUGAACCAGACAUUGUGGUUUAUAACAAUUUGCUUGGUGGGUAUUCUCAUGCUGGAAAAAUGGCAGACGCUUAUGAUCUUCUGAAAGAGAUGAAAGGGAAGGGCUGUUUUCCUACUGCAAUAUCCUAUACCAUUUUGAUUCAGGCUCUUUGCAAACAUGAGAAGAUGGAAGAGGCCAUGCGUGUUUUUGUAGAUAUGGAAAGGAGUGGAUGUCAUGCAGAUGCUAUGACUUACACUACUUUGAUAAGUGGAUUUUGUAAGUGGGGAAAGAUUGAAAGGGGUUAUGAGAUUUUGGAUAGUAUGAUCCAGCAAGGCCAUACUCCAAGUCAGAAUACUUAUUUGCAGAUUAUGUUGGCACAUGAGAAGAAGGAGGAGCUGGAGGAAUGCUUGGAGCUCAUGGUGGAGAUGCAAAAGAUUGGUUCUGUUCCUGAUUUGAACAUAUACAAUGCUGUGAUCCGGUUGGCAUGCAAACUAGGGGAAGUUAAAGAAGGUGUUCGAUUAUGGAAUGAAAUUGAAGCAACUGGGUUAAGUCCAGGGCUUGACACCUUUGUUAUUAUGAUUCAUGGCUUCCUUGGGCAAGGCUGUCUGGUUGAAGCUUGUCAAUACUUCAAAGAAAUGGUUGAGAGGGGUUUACUAUCUUCCCCUCAAUAUGGUACCUUGAAGGAGCUAAUAAAUAUCCUUUUACGAGCUGACAAGCUUGAAAUGGCUAAAGAUAUAUGGAGUUCCAUCGUGAGUAAAGGGGGUGAGAUUAAUGUUUCUGCCUGGACAAUAUGGAUUCAUUCACUGUUUAAAAAUGGGCAUGUGAAGGAGGCUUGUUCCUACUGUUUGGACAUGAUGGAAGCGGAUGCAAUGCCACAACCAGAUACUUUUGCUAAGCUUAUGCGUGGCUUAAGGAAACUAUAUAACAGAGAAAUUGCAGCAGAGAUCACUGAAAAGGUGAGGAAGAUGGCUGAAGAAAGACAAAUCACUUUUAAGAUGUAUAAGAGACGAGGGGAAAGGGAUUUGAUUGAAAAAGUAAAGGAGAAAGAUGAUGGGAGGAAACGAAGGGGUCGUAGACGACGUUGGGGUGGGGGGAGGCAUGGCAGUGCUAAAGCUUUGUAGUUCAAAUGAUGAAGUGAAACGAAGGACAGGCUCUACUGAUUUGAUUGAGAAGGUUGCUUGCUGUCCAUCUCUGGAUACCCACUUCUGACAGUAAGCACUAUAAUGUUAGUAGCUUUUCUUGUGAAUUGUUCAAUCUUUACUUUUCAACUUGAGGGCAGAGAUACAUUGGAAGACCUAUUUUCUUACCAGCUGAAUUAGCAGUUUUAAUGUAUAAGAAUACCAAACUUGUUCAGAGUACGUGGUCGUGAUGAACAGCUGGCAGUGAUUAUUAUAUUCACGCAUUGUAAAGGUUUCUGGUUUCAUUGCAUAUGACAAGAGUAGUUAUCUUUGGAGCUUUUGUUGCAGAGAUCAUCCCCUUUAUAAAUCUAGAGGGCUAUCCUUGUGGUUUUUCAGGAGAAGACAAAGCCGUAGUUAGAAGGGUUACUUGUUUGGUUGUCUCUGCAUUGUUAAAAGAAAGAGGAAACUUAAGAAUAGGGCACAUGGCUUAUUCAAAUUCCCAGAAUUCUUCAGAGAUGUCAUUUUCUCCCGCGAUAGAUUGUUUGUCACGCCUCCAAAAUAUUUGGACAGGACUCUUGACUUCUAGAACUGGUAUUUGCUGAUGGCCUUGUUAUAUUUAAGGCACACAUUAAUACACCCAAGAGAAGUGACCCUUAUUAUGAGUUUUUCAAGUCCAGCAAUAAGAGCAACACUUCCAUUUGUAGCAUUAGGAUUAUACUUUAUUAUUCUAUAUGGCAACAUUUUUUCACAAGAAACACAAAUAUAAAACAUUCUGGCACGUGUUCUUUUUGUCAUUCCAUUGUUACAAUUUUAGCUAGGAAUGAUUUGCAAAUAAGCAUCUUUUUAAAAAGAAUGUUCUACAAUUUUUUGUUACAAAUGUAGAAACAUAAUGAAACUUGAAUUCUAAAAAAUAUAUAUUAUAUUUAAAUUUUGGAAGAAAUGCUUAAUUUGAUGGUCAUUUCCUUUAGCACUAGGUUAACUUGGGAGACAGCUAAAUUCAGAUGUCCUUCAAAGCAAGCAAAUGAUUUGCUACUUGUUUUAUUAUGUUACUUUUGUGCUUUGGUAUAGUUUUUGUAAACAACAUAUAUAUGAUAUGACUAAUAUGCUUCCCAUUUAUUUGCAUUUUCUUUGUUUUUCUUUAGAUUUUCUGCUAAAAACAUUGGAUUAAGUUACAGACAUUGGACUUGAACCAGUUUUUUACUUUAUGUUA